AUGCAAUCUUUUUCUUCAAUUUGCUCAGGUGAGAAGCUAGCACAGUUCUUAGCCUUGUUCCCAAUCCUGUACCUGUCGGGCGGCACGUGUGUGGCUCUGAUCGUCCUUGGAGGGUCAACAGCAAAGAUGUUCUUCCAAAUUGUGUGUGGACCAACAUGCACUGUAAAGUCCUUAACACCAGCAGAGUGGUACUUGGUGUUUACAGUCGUAGCUUCGAUUCUUUCUCAGCUGCCCAACUUGAACUCCAUUGCUGGAGUGUCUCUUGUUGGUGCCAUUUCUGCCAUUGGCUACUCCACAUUGAUCUGGGUUGUGUCUCUGGACAAGGGCAAGCUUCCCAAUGUGUCUUAUGACCCCUUGAAAGCCGACAAACAAUACAUCCAUUUUUUUGAUGUUCUUAAUGCCCUUGGAAUGAUUGCCUUUGCCUUCAGAGGCCACAACCUUAUUCUUGAGAUCCAGGCCACAAUGCCAUCCAGUGAAAAACAUCCAUCACGAGUGCCCAUGUGGAGGGGUGUCCAAAUUUCCUACACACUCAUAGCAAUGUGCCUUUUCCCCCUUGCAAUUGUAGGCUAUUGGGCAUACGGUCAAAAGAUACCGCCACAAGGAGGCAUGUUUGUGGCCUUGUUCAACUUCCAUGCGCAGGACACGUCCCAAUUCAUCUUAGGGCUAGCAAGUUUGUUUGUCAUAGUCAAUGCAUUGAGCUCCUUCCAAAUCUAUGGCAUGCCGAUGUUCGACGAGAUGGAGUCACAUUACACUAGGAGGUUCAAGAAGCCAGCUCCAUGGUGGCUGAGGGCCAUUGUGAGAUGCAUGUUUACUUAUGGAUGCUACUUCAUGGCUGUGGCCAUCCCCUUCCUGGGAAGCGUGGCUGGUUUGCUAGGAGGGAUUUCAUUGCCUGUGACAUUGGCCUAUCCAUGUUUCAUGUGGAUCAAGAUGAAGAAGCCUAAGAAGUACGGCAUAAGUUGGGGGGUUAACUGGGUGCUUGGGGUUGUGGGGAUGAUUUUAAGUGUUAUGUUGACUGCAGCUGGUCUUUAUGUUGUGAUUGAUACUGGUAUUAAGGUGAGCUUCUUCAAGCCUCAGUGAUUGAAAAUCAAUGUCAAAUAUAUGAUAUAUUUGUUGCGUCCAGAAUU